AAUGGCGACCCACACAAGUGUUUUUUUGUAAAAAUGUGCGAGCAGUUGUCGAAUUUCGGCUGUUUUCAAGACUUAACUUGCAUUUUAACUCGAUUUUGUUUAUAAUUUUACCUAGAAACUGAAGCAACAUGGAGGAAGUAACAAAGCAUUCUGUGCACACACUGGUGUUUAGAUCCUUGAAGCGGUCUCAUGAUAUGUUCAUCUCAGACAAUAUUCAUCCACCACCUGUUGAUGAGAAAAGUGAGAGAAUCAAGAUUGCUUGCAAAAUUCAAGACGAGUAUGGAAUGGUACAGCAUCUCCAACCACCACGGGAAGGCAGGCAGCCUACCUCCAUACAACAUAACAAUGUCAGUCAUAUCCCACAGGACAGCCGUCAAGAUUUUGCUGACAUUCAUACACAAGUAACAACAGGUUUCCAGUAUCCAAAUGCACCCGGUGUUCCUCUGUCAGCGGAGACGGCUGCCCAGCAACAUCCACUCAGUCAAGGGGCUGUUCAGGGUGUGCUAGCUGAUCUACCACCAUCACAGUCAUGGAUUGACCGUGAAAAGACGGCAGCAAGUGUGGAGGAUAUCGAAAGGCAUGCUGGGAUACCAGAGAGGGCGGGUCCACCAGGGUCAAGGGCGCUCGUUGCAGUCCCCAGCGGAGGCAAACAGUCAGGUGCCAUUGUGCCCAGAAAGGCACCCACAAUGCCCAAACCGCAGUGGAGACCACCAUGGAAGCUAUACCGGGUAAUCAGCGGCCAUAUCGGAUGGGUUCGUAGCAUUGCUGUAGAGCCCGGUAACCAGUGGUUUGUGACAGGGUCCAACGACAGAGUCAUCAAGAUAUGGGAUUUGGCAAGUGGCAAGUUGAAACUCUCCUUGACUGGUCACAUCAGUGCUGUACGUGGUCUGGCAGUCAGCAAACGCCAGCCCUAUUUAUUCUCAUGCUCAGAAGACAAACAGGUCAAAUGCUGGGACUUGGAACAAAAUAAGGUCAUCAGACACUAUCAUGGCCAUCUGAGUGCAGUCUAUGCUCUUGACCUUCAUCCAACCAUUGACAUCCUGGCUACCUGUGGCCGCGACUCCACCGUGCGUAUCUGGGACAUGAGAACUAAGGCUUGCAUCCACACACUGAGCGGUCACACCAAUACAGUCGCCACGGUCAAGUGUCAGGCAGCGGAGCCACAGGUGGUGAGCGGCGGUCAUGAUUCGACAGUGCGUCUGUGGGAUCUUGCAGGUGGUAAAAGCCGUGCGACGUUAACCAACCACAAGAAGAGUGUGCGAUCGUUGGUCAUCCAUCCCAAACUGCAUAUGAUGGCCUCAGCGUCUCCAGACAACAUAAAGCAAUGGAAGUUCCCUGAUGGUAACUUCAUACAGAACCUAAGUGGUCACAAUGCCAUUAUCAAUUGCUUGGCCAUCAAUUCAGAUGGUGUCCUGGUUUCUGGAGGCGACAAUGGUUCCCUGCAUUUCUGGGACUGGCGGACUGGCUACAAUUUCCAGCGCACCCAGGCCCCAAUCCAGCCAGGCUCAAUCGACAGUGAGGCAGGGAUCUUUGCUUGCCUGUUUGACAACAGCCAGAGUCGACUCAUCACUGCCGAGGCCGACAAGACCAUCAAGAUAUACAAAGAAGACGAGGAAGCCACGGAAGAGACCCAUCCAAUCAACUGGAAGCCAGAAAUCAUGAAGAAGAAAAAAUAUUAGGACAGCAGGUACUGAUGAACAUUCCAAAGAAUCCUGCAAAGAUAUUUGCACAGAGUUAUAGAAUGCUUCCGCUCAUGUACGACACAGAUUCGUAUUUUUCACAUUCAAACAAGAACAGAAGUCUUGCUCAUGUACGAAGAAAAGAUUUUAAAUUUUUACCUCAAAAAAGGCAAGCGUGUGUUUUGAGGAGAUGUCAUUUACAAACAUCAUGAAUUUAAUGUUGUUGUUUUUUCAACAUUUUGAAAUGUCCCCAGUUUGCAGUUGCUAACAAUGUUAUAUGCACUUGGAGAGCCCCACCACAAAUUGAAAAUGGACAAAGUGUUGACUGUAUGUUGUGUUUGUAAUUUUCUGUUCCUUUUUUUAGUUGCCAGUUUCUGUUGUGAAGUGUCUUUAUCAAUCCCAUGCUUUGGUAUAAGUCACUUCAACAAUUGCACCUAAACAGUUAUGCAUCUAUAAAAAUUGGGAAUUUGGUGAAAAUUAAAAUGCGUUACCUUUUUAGUUUUCACAAAUCAUUUAUAAGAGCUGUUCUUGAAUAGGUUUUAUGUUUAUGAAAAAAAAGCUCAAUCCUAGUUAUUUCCACGCAGAAUUCCAACACAUUGCACAUUUCAUUUAAUCGUUUCUUGGUGUUUUGUGUUUUAAUUUGUUUUUUUUCCAAACUGAUUAUUGUUCCUCUGCUCGUUUACUUCUUUAAAAACAACAGAAAUUUGCCAGUCUAAGAUGGCAGAUUAGAUACCUCCCCAGUACUUUUGUGAGUAACUUUGGAGGAAAUAAACGUGAAUAAAAACUGUUCGCUAUGGCAGGAUGAAUGGA